ACCGCGCUCGUAUCGCAUUCGUUUGCUGGAGUCGGAGCGCGCUGCGGGGCGACACUGCACCGCCAAGGAGGACGCACAAGCACGGUAGAGGGGGGACUAGAGAAAAGGGAAAAAGGCAGAGAAGGUAGCUAACAGGGGAGACUCAUAAGCUAUCCCCUCAUUUGAAUACUAGAAGAAAAUAUCAAAUUGUCGGACCUUUGGACAUAAGAAGACAACGAGGCGGAAAAACCCAGGCGAUUAUAUUUUAGCCAGCACGGCGGGGAAACAAUGAAGGAUCGUACACAAGAACUACGAAGUGCUAAGGACAGCGAUGAUGAUGAAGAAGUUGUCCAGGUUGACCGGGAUCACUUCAUGGAUGAGUUCUUCGAACAGGUGGAAGAGAUCCGAGUCUGUAUAGAUAAGCUGUCAGAAGAUGUGGAGCAGGUCAAGAAGCAGCAUAGCGCCAUCCUGGCAGCGCCCAACCCUGACGAAAAGACCAAGCAGGAGUUGGAGGACCUCACAGCUGACAUCAAGAAGACAGCCAAUAAAGUUCGCUCAAAAUUAAAAGCAAUCGAGCAGAGCAUUGAGCAGGAGGAGGGGCUGAACAGAUCAUCUGCAGACCUGCGAAUUCGUAAGACACAGCAUUCGACGCUGUCACGCAAGUUUGUAGAGGUGAUGACCGAGUACAACACCACGCAGUCCAAAUACAGGGACCGCUGCAAGGACCGUAUCCAGAGACAGCUGGAGAUCACUGGGAGAACAACCACCAACGAGGAGCUGGAGGAUAUGCUGGAGAGUGGCAAGCUUGCCAUUUUCACCGAUGAUAUCAAGAUGGACUCUCAGAUAGACAAGCAGGCUCUGAAUGAGAUUGAGACCCGACACACCGAGAUCAUCAAGCUGGAGAACAGCAUCCGUGAGCUGCACGACAUGUUUGUGGACAUGGCCAUGCUGGUCGAGAGCCAGGGAGAGAUGAUUGACAGAAUUGAGUACAACGUGGAACACUCCGUGGACUUUGUGGAGCGGGCGGUGUCUGACACCAAGAAGGCUGUCAAAUACCAGAGCCAGGCUCGCAAGAAGAAGCUCAUGAUCAUCGUCUGCUGUACUAUUUUGGGAGUCGUCUUGGCAUCCACUAUCGGCGGAUACCUGGGCUUUUAAUGACGACAACGACGAAAGGCGGCCACAAGAGUAAAAAAAAACACACAGAGAGAAAAAUAUCAUAUACAAUAUCAGAUAAGGAAAAUGUUCUAAAAGGGGUGGACAAAAAAACUAAACCGACAUUAUAGCUGACUAAAAACAUAACAUAUACAAAAAAAGAGGGUACAAAUAAACAAACAAUUUGCAAUGUACAUGUAAAUGUAUUGAACAUAAGAAACAGCACAUGGGUUAGCUACCUGGAAAGAAAAUUGACGUAAAACAUUUUCUUUUUUUACAUUUCUUUCCUUUUGGGGGGGGGGGGGUCUCCAGGACAGUGCCAAUGACUGCUAAAUUGUGUGUUGUUCCAGCAAAGGUAGUUUACUUGGAUGCGAUUUUAGAACAUAAUGCACAAAAUUGGAGACGGAUUAGGAUGAUCGGUGUUCCUUAUUUCAUAGAUACAAUAAUCACGUUUCGUUGGGAGAGACUGACUUUGGUUUUGUUUGAACCGUGACUUUUAAGAGACUUCUCAUGGGUUGAUUAUUCCUGUCAAUCACGUAAAUCAGCCAGGCAAAUUAGUGUAGUCAACUUGAGUAACCCGGCAAUAGGCUAACCAAAUCUCCUAGAUAGGCAACAAUGUCUUUACUUCGACCAAUAGGGACAAGAGCUUAAACCCAUGGAGCUGUUACAACGGCAGAUGAAAGGCCCUGGCUGACAGACAGAUGGAGGCGUGUCCUUUAGGGCGUGGCACUGCAGUAGCAGGUUUGAAAAACAACUGACAGUUUGCAGGUGCUCCAUCUAGGCCCUUCUCUGCUCUUAUCCAUACAGUAGGAGCUUGGAGAGAGGAACGUCUCCGGGCCUUCAGCUAAUUCCAUAUGCCUGCGGCAGAAACCAAAUUCAGAGAGAGAUUA